AUGGAGGUCGAUACUCAAACUAACAAGCGACACUACCAGACAUCAUCAGAUGACAACAGCGAUGACGACUACGACCUACUACCAGUGAGGAAGAAGAAGACCAGGAUGAAGUUUGUGAAUGACAUCUUCGAGCGUAUUGCUGCCGAGGCUUCUCGUCUGGCGCACUACAACAAGCGCUCUACCAUCACCAGUCGGGAAAUCCAAACUGCUGUUCGCCUGCUCCUGCCCGGAGAGUUGGCUAAGCACGCCGUCAGUGAGGGAACCAAGGCUGUCACCAAGUACACCAGCUCCAAGUAAAUUUUCUCGCAGAUGCGGAGGAACAUUAA